UUUCAAUAUAUUGAGGUUAAUUUCGGGGUCACAGAGCUAACAGUACAGUCUAGUACAGGCUAGCAUAGAUAGGUAGCAUGGCAGGCCGUCUGAUGCACUGCAGAGGAGCUCUGAAGUCACUAUUGAGUCUCUCUCCGUCCCCAACUGGCAGUAAUGGAAGGGCCCUGUAUCCAGUGCUCUUGAGGUAUCUGUCCUCCUCGAGUUGUACCAGUCAAGAGUCGCCUACAUUGAGUAAAUAUGGCGGGCGUUACACCGUGACUCUUAUACCUGGUGAUGGGAUCGGACCAGAACUAGCUGCUUGUGUCAAACACGUCUUCAUGUAUGCUAAUGUUCCGGUGGAUUUUGAAGAAAUUCUUGUGAGUGGUUUAAUAUCCGACUCUUCCACAGUACAAGAAGCGUUGACGUCUAUUAAGCGGAAUGGUGUUGGACUGAAAGGCGUUCUCAGGACUAAACUGGACGAAGUGGACAAGAAAUCUCUGAACGUCUUUUUAAGACAUGAGUUGGACUUGUUUGCUAACGUGGUGUACUGCAAGAGUGUGCCUGGGGUCAAGACCAGACACGAUGAUGUGGACAUAGUGGUCAUACGGGAGAACACUGAGGGAGAGUACAGUGGCCUGGAGCACGAGAGUGUACCCGGUGUUGUUGAGGGGCUGAAGAUCAUCACUAGAGGGAAGUCACGGAGGAUAGCAAAGUAUGCCUUUGACUUUGCCACCAGGAACCACAGGAAAAAGGUCACUGCCAUCCACAAGGCCAACAUCAUGAAGCUGUCUGAUGGUUUGUUUCUGAGAGAGUGUGAGAAGAUUUCUGAGCUCUACCCAAAUAUAGAGUUCAACUCGAUGAUCAUUGACAACUGUUGCAUGCAGUUGGUGUCUAACCCGUGGCAGUUUGACGUGAUGGUCAUGCCUAAUCUCUAUGGUAACAUAGUGAGCAACAUAGGGGCGGGGCUAGUGGGAGGAGCCGGACUGUGUCCCGGGAAAAAUGUGGGGGUUGAGUACGUUCUCUUUGAGCAAGGAGCCCGUCACACUGGUCUAGAGCUGGCCUUUCAGAACCUGGCCAACCCUACUGCCAUACUUCUCAGCUCUACCAGGAUGCUCUCACACUUGGGGCUCUUUGAUCAUGCUGCCAGGAUAGAGACGGCCGUCUUCUCCACAAUCCAGUCCGGGGUGUGCACUAAAGACAUUGGUGGAGAAGCAAGUACAUCAAAGUUUAUAGAGACUGUUGUCAAGAACUUACCAGAGAAGAGCAAAGAGGAGGUCAAAGCAUGGCCACUCUAACUGAACAUUAUAUUAUCUAUUUCUAUAAUUGUAUUCCACUAGCUAUAGCUGCCGCAUUUUAUUCAGCAAUCAUUGUAUUAUCCAUUUCUAUGUCUUUAUAUUAAUAAUUAUGCAGCCAGAUAA